CAUAUAUAUAGCCAGAGCCUGUCCUCACUAAUGCUUACUGGACUAAGAAAUAACUGUGGAACUUGAAGCAAACAACUGUGAAAAUGAAAUUGUAUCUGGUACUUGCCUUUGUGGCAUUCACAGGCUGCCAAGCCAACCUGUUUUAUGCGGAUGAGCCCAAGCCACAGCUGGAGCAGCUGACUGAUGCUUUCUGGAGCUAUGUUUCUCAGGCCACACGCACCGCAGAGGACACACUGAAAAUUAUCAGAGAAUCUCAACUUGGUCAGGAAGUCAAUACCAGACUGACCCAGAGUGCCGAUAUGGCCAGCGAAUAUGCCGUCACCCUCAAGAAACAGAUAGAUCCUCUGACAGAAGAGCUGAUGACCAAAAUCACCAAGGAGGCUGAAGUGUUGAGAGAGCGUCUGGACCAGGACCUGAUCAGCGUGAGAGACAAACUGGAGCCCUAUGCUGACAACCUCAAGAGCCAGAUCCAGCAGAGAGUGGAGCAGCUCAGGACGGCCAUGGCUCCAUAUGCUGACUCCCUGGAUUCUGAGACCCUGAAGGCCACUCUGCUCCAGAAGAGCGAGGAGCUGAGAGGAAACCUGGAGCAGAGCGUGAAGGAGCUGCAGGCUCAGCUGGAGCCCUACACUGCUGAGAUCAAGGAGAAAGUGGACCAGCGUCUGCAGGAGUUCCAGAAGACCGUGACCCCUCUGGCUGAGGAUCUUCAGGCCCAGAUCAGAGAGAGAGCCCAGAUGGUCCAGCAGAGUCUCACACCCUACGCUGAAGACCUGAAAGAAAAGCUGGAUCCCUACGCACAGGACCUGAAGGCCCAACUCACCUCCCUGUAUGAGUCCUUCGCCAAGAGAAAUUAGAUGCUUCAAAGACCUCUUUUGUCACUAACAGAACAGUUUUUCCUUCCAACGUGACUCUAAAAUCCCAUAUCUCUCCAAUAACCAUGACCUAAAUGAAACUACUAGGCAACAACAAUAUCUUUGGUCUUACAUGUAGA